GAAGGUGGUUGGUCUAUGGCUGCUGGAUGUAAGGGAGGGAGUGAGGCUGUGUGUGAGUGAGGCUGUGCCCGUGGCUAAGGGCUCGGUUGGCAACCUCCAUCCUCCCCUUACCACCCCCUCCCUCUUCUCUGUCCCACUCACUCGAGUCGCGGCUCCAGCUUUGGGUGCUCAGAUCUCUCAGCUGAGACCCACCAGUUUGCAUCUCAAGAUCGAACUUAGAAAGCUUCGCCUGGAGUCGUUCGAACUUGUAUUUCGUUGCGUUUGUUCGAGUCCGUUUAAUGAGGUCGUUCCGUCGUUAUCGUACGAGGUUUUUUCUUAUUUAUUUAAAUAGCGUUGUCACACAAAAAAAAAAUCGACGCCCGCCGUCGCCGUGAAGUCGGCAAGAAGUUACCGGCAACUUCCAAGGGGCAUUUUGGCAGUGGUGUUCUUAGGCUCUCAGCCGUUCGUGGCGGCAUCAAGAUCACCCGAGGGUGAUUUCUAGAAGCAAGAGAGGAGGAGGAGGAGGAAGAGGGGUUUUUUGUAAGUUGGGGAAGAAAAACGACAAAAAACCCAAAGAAGACGAAGACCAAAAAGGGCCCCCUCCCCCAUCGUAAAGCGACUUCGACACCAGGCGUUCUGCACAUGUAGCCAUCAUCGUUGUUAUCACCGUUGUGGAAGGUCCUGUUAGCUUACGUGGCAGCCCAGGUGUGCAGGGUUACACGUGGCAGCCAAGGUGUGUGGGAGCCAGGUGUGGAGGGUUACACGUGGCAGCCAAGGUGUGUAAAGGGGUGUUGUAGGAGGAACCUCAGCGCGUUAAGGGUGGCACUGGGCACCCUGAUCCAGGGGUGGAGGUUCCGGGAUCCAGGUGAGGGGCAGCGAUGACGGACGUGUGGGAGUUGCUGCUGCCCUAUCUGCCCACCGUGCGCAUCCCCACAUCGGGGACUCGAAUCUACAAGGAUGAAUGCGCCUUCUCUUUCGACAGCCCGGAGUCGGAGGGCGGCCUGUACGUGUGCAUGAACACCUUCCUGGGCUUUGGGCGAGAGCACGUGGAAAAGCACUACCAGAAGACGGGCCAGUGCGUCUACAUGCACCUCAAGCGCACACGGCGUGAGAAGCCCCAGGGAGCGUGUGGUGGAGGAGGGGCAAGCGAUGGAGAAGACACCACCCUCCGCCUUCUCUCUGUGACAGAUCUGCGGGACGAGGAGGAGGAGGAGAGGGAGAGCCAGGACUUUGUGGAGGAGGCUCGACUCGUGGUGUUUCCGGAGCAGCUGGAGAUUCGGCUGCCCAACAUUGAGGAGCUGCCGGCCAUGGUGUCCAUCGCGUGCGACUCGGUGCUCAGGGCCGAUACGUCGGUGCGGACGCUGCUUUCGGAGCCGUGGGACAAGGAGUUCCGGCAGGUGUCACGGCACGCCGAGACGCUCAAGCAGCAGGGCGCCGAGGUCCGCGUGCCACCCCGGGGCUGGAAGUGCGAGCAGUGCUCCGUUCGCAAGAACCUGUGGCUGAACCUGACGGACGGCUCGGUGCUGUGUGGGCGCAAGUACGUGGACGGCACGGAGGGCAACGGCCACGCGCUGCAGCACUUCCGCACCACCGGGCACCCGCUCGCCGUCAAGCUCUCCUCCAUCAGCCCCGACGGCGCAGACGUCUACUCGUUUGACGAGGACGAGAUCGUCAUCGACCCCAAACUCCCCGAGCACCUCGCCCAUUUCGGCAUCGACGUCAUGUCCAUCUCGCAGGAGGCCGAGCGGACGGACGGGGUGCAGGGCCCACCGACAGGUGAGUGGGCCGCCCUGCAGGAGGUCGGGUACAAGCUGAAGCCCCUGUACGGGCCGGGCUACACCGGCCUGCGCAGCCCUGGCCGGUGCUCCUACCUGUCGGCCCUCAUGCAGGUCCUCUUCAGCAUCAGCCACUUCCAGCGAAGGUACGUCGGGAAUCUGCACCGGAUAUUCGAAGAGUCGCCCCUUGACCCCACGCAAGAUUUCAGCACGCAGAUGGCGAAAUUGGGCCACGGUCUGCUGUCAGGGCUUUACUCAAAGCCUCCGCCCAAGUCGGAUAUCAUAGAGCAGGUGACGAGAGAGGACAUCAAGCCCCCGGAGCCGCGCGGCGUCUCGCUGGGCAUGAUCAAGGAGCUCGUGAGCCGAGGCCACCCGGACUUCUGCACCGACCGGCAGCAGGAUGCCUUCCAGUUCUUCAACUACAUGAUUAGCCUCAUCGAGAUGAACAGUGGUGCCGAGGCGACGUCGCCGAGCCGGGCGUUUGCGUUCCGCUUGGAGGAGCGCGUGCAGUGCUGCCAGUCGCGCAAAGUUCGCUACCAGCACCGGCCCGAGCACUCCGUCAGCCUGCCGGUGCCGCUCGAGUCGGCGCACAACCGAGGGGAGCUGCUGGAGGUGGAAAGGAAGCGGCGCGAGGCGGUGGAGCAGGGGCGGCCGGAGCCCCGGGGGGUGCGCGCCCGCGUGCCCUUCGGGGCCUGCAUGCAGGCCUUCGCCGAGCCCCAGAACGUCGAUGACUUCUGGAGCUCCGAGCUGCAGGCCAAGGCGCCGGCCGUGAAAACCUCGUGGUUUUCAACGUUCCCGGAAUACCUCGUGAUCCACCUGAAGAAGUUCACAUCAGAGCAGGACUGGGUCCCGAAGAAGAUCGACGUCUCGGUGGACAUGCCCGAUGAGCUGGACCUUAACGAGCUGCGGGGAACGGGGCUGAAGGCCGGCGAGGAGGAGCUGCCCGACAUCUCCCCGCCCGGCCUCCUCUCGUCGUCGCCGUCGCUGAGGCGCCGCUGUGCUGGGCGCCAUCGCUCCUGGGGGGGCGGCCAAGACGAGGAUGAUGAGGACGACGACGAGAGCGGGGACGGAGAGGGGAUCAGAGUGCCGUUCCUUGACGAGGUGGCCGUCUCGACCCUGGAGGAGAUGGGGUUCCCGCGCGAGGCCUGCCGCAAGGCCGUCUACUUCUCCGGGAGCCUGGGCCUCGAGCCUGCCGUCGACUGGAUCAUGAAUCACCUCGACGACCCCAACCUGGCAGAGCCACUGCACAUCCCGGGACAGCUGUCACCUCCGUGCGGCGAGCGGGCAGCGGGAGACGGAGAGCUGGGAGGGCGGCGGCAACACGGCCGCCGGAAGAUGUCGCGGCCGUCUCAGCCGCCCCCGCCCGAGGAGAGCGUCGCGAUGAUCGUGUCGAUGGGGUUCACGCGCAGCCGCGCCUUCCGCGCCCUCACGGCCAACAACAACAACCUGGAGCGCGCCACCGACUGGAUUCUGACCAACAUGGCGGACGCGGGCUCGGAUGGGGACGAGGAGGACGAGGAGGAGGAGGGGGCAGUGGCAGGGGCAGCAGCAAAAGGGGCAGCAGCAACAUCGGGGGCAGCAGCAGCAGGAGUACCAGCAGCAGCAGCAUCGGGGGCAUCAGCAGCAGGAGUACCAGCAACAGCAGCAGAAGGGGCAGCAGCAGGAGUACCAGCAACAGCAGCAGGAGGGGCAGCUGCAGUGAACGCUGCUCCUGCUAAGGUGGAACCUGUGGCGCCCAGCAGCACCGCCCUCCCAGAGGCCCACAGGAACGGGCCUCUCCCGAGCGGCGCGAUGAGCAACGGGAUGUCGGAAUACCCCGACGGGCCCGGACGCUACCGUCUGUUUGCCUUCAUAAGCCACAUGGGCACAUCCACCAUGUGCGGACACUACGUGUGCCACAUCCGCAAGGAGGGCCGGUGGGUGAUCUACAAUGAGGACAAGGUGUGCGCCUCCGAGAAGCCUCCCAAAGACCUCGGAUACCUCUACUUCUACAAGCGCAUGCAGAGCUGAGAGAGGCGCCCACACCAAACCCCCAGCAGCAGUCACCGGUCCCGUCAGCCACUGCAGCAGCCCCCCCCCCGCCCCGUCAAAGGCACGGGGUGGGGGUAAGAGUGGGGUAGCGUGCACAAUGACUUCUCCAAAUCUGGACGUACCCCCCCCACCCCCCGUCAAAGUGCAACGUGGAGCAGGGUGGGGUCGCCACUUGUGUCCGGGUUUUUCUUCCCCAGCAUUGAGGAAGCAGCUGUCCUGGGAAAUCUGUCAUUCUUUGCGGAACAUUAAAAUAUCCCAUUUUUUUUGCUCAUCUACAUAAUAAUGAUAUACUUCUCAAGGCGAUGCAUUCACAUGCAGCUCUCUCCCCUAUUCUGGUAUUGUAUGUUGAACUUCUUUCGCACCGUACGCGCUAAUCAGCGGUGCCGGGGAAGGACAACAAAUAACCACAAAAAGCAGUUAUAAAGAAAUUCGUUUUCAAAUUUUGAAAUUAUCUUCCCAUGAUAUGUCCCGGGUUGUCUGUUGUUGUUAUUCUGCAGAGGUGGCAACCCUAGCAUAGGAAGUCUUCAAUCACAUCCUUUGGGUAAGGCUACCAAAUUUCUGGUAAGCUGGCCCCGCCCCCAACCCCGCCUCACUUUAACAGCCUCAUCCGCUGGCCCCAUGCACACAGCGAGUGGGUGGGGCUCUCUCACUUUGGCCCUGCCCACCGCUCAUAGGUCCCACCCACUCAUCGUCCAGCUCCACUCACAACCCAGGUAGCUCCACCCUUAAGACUGUUUCGUAAAAAUCACAAGGACAUGGGACGGCACUUGGGGCAACCUCCAGGAGUGUGUCGCGGCCAAAACGGGGACUUUUGGGGUAGCCUUAACUUUGUGAGAUCCUACGUGGGAGGCGAGGGAUGGAUGCCAAUGGGAUGUGCAGAUUUACCAAUUUGUAGAGAGGGAUGCUGAAAGCCAGGCACCGUUCUCUCUUACUAAGCCAAUUGUUCGUUCCAGUGGUGAACUGGCAGUCCCCCAUGAGCAGUGAGAUCCUACGUGGGAGGCGAGGGAUGGAUGCCAAUGGGAUGUGCAGAUUUACCAAUUUGUAGAGAGGGAUGCUGAAAGCCAGGCACCGUUCUCUCUUACUAAGCCAAUUGUUCGUUCCAGUGGUGAACUGGCAGUCCCCCAUGAGCAGUGUUUCAUUUACACUUGAAUGGACAUACGUAAUCUAGACUUCCCCCCCCCCCCCCAUUGGCACCACCUAUACACCCAUGACAUCUUGGGUACACCCACCUGCCAGGCCCUUGCCCAAGUUUCGUCCCUGUGGUAAUGGGCAUUGUGUACUGUGGGGUUUCCUUAGAGCAGUGGUGGGCAACCAACGCAACAAGAAGAGACUUUUUUGUCGAACUCUGUAAAAAAAACCUCUCAAUAUUUCAAGAGCCGCAAUGCAAUGCGAAUAACGUCGCGCAAGCAGUACUUAUAAGAGCCGCAUGCGGCCCCGAAGCUGCAAGUUGCCGACCCCUGCCUUAGUGGCGUGCCCUCUGCCUUAUGCCUGGCGCUGAGAGCCUCAGGCACUACCUGUCCACGAGGGCAGGAGCAAGUAGCAGGCGUGCCGAGUGCAAUGCUGCCGUGCGAUCCGAGGCGGUGUCUAGAAAAGGAUUUGCCAAAAUUACGUUUAAAACUCACCACUUUGUGAUGAGAGCCUUACUUGAAGAGUUCCCCACACUUCAACGAAAACAAAUCUCAAGAUUUGAUGUUAGUUCGUUUUUCUGUCGAAAAAUACAGCCACACAUUUUAAAAGCUUUUGUGCACUUUACAAUCCAUAACUGUUUUGUAAAAAAAAGCAAGUUGAGAAGUCCCUCUCGCAAGAGCGAAAGAGCCACCACCGUCACGAAUUUAUUUUUUGCGCGAGAGCGAGCUUGUCAGUUGACGACGGUGGAAGUGAACAAAUGUUGCGGUCGAGUUUUGAGUGUUGAAACCGUCCCAGCGGCGUUCCCAUACGGCGGCUUCGUGGGAUUCACUCAGCCGCGUUCCAGUGCCGCGACUGCAUCACAAAAGCCCACCACUGAUGUGGAAAAAUGUAAUUUUAUUUUUAAUGUAACUCGUUUGUUCUUGAACUCUGCUACCCUCGAUUUUCGUGGAAAACGUGUACGGGCGGCGUGAUUUUUUUGUUCUUUUCUUUCCGUGACCGCAGUUACAUCGCAAAAAAACUGCACCCAAGUGAGAUUUAAACAAAAAAAACGAUGCCGAGGCUGUUUUCUUUGCUGAUAGAGCAGCACGGACCUCCGUGAUGAAUAACGAAACGAACGAUUAUAAACACGACUGAAUGUUAACAAAUCGCACACCUAACAGGCUAAUAAAAACGUUUGUACCAGAGCGAGCAAUUUUCCGAUUUAUUUCAAGAGGCACGUUCCCACGCUGUGUGUGCGGGGAGGCCCUCAACCAGUGGAUUGACUAGGAGUGGUCGACUUUGAGUUACAUCCAGUAUUUCCGACUGGUUUAGGGGUUGAACCCAGAUUUUUGCAGAAGCUUACAAAUGGAUUUAAGAGGCGAGCUUCAGUUAUUAAGGCAUUUACAUGGUGGUUUCUGCUCACAGCCAGAAGAAGUGUUUGCAACAUUGCUUUAAUGGUAGGGGUGGUGAGCCUACAGCCCCCGCGUGAGCCAUAUCCGACCCACGACUUCUAUUUCAUACGGCCCUCAACUGCAGGAGGCCCCUCACUGCGCAACAGCCCGCAAACAAUAUAAACCCUUUCCCAUUCUGAUGACGUACUUGCAUCGGUUUUUCCAAUUCCGUUCCGAUGACGUACUGCGUCUCUCGCAAGGUCAAGUGGGAGGGCGUGUGGCACGGUUUGGCGCCAGCUAUCACAGUGCGGUCGUGUCGCAAUGGUUCUCUGCGGCGAGUACGUUUUUUUUUAAAAAACGUUGUGCUAUGCCUCUCGAAGUAAAAUUAACGCCAACCGCUCGUGCGUUGCGAGAUUCGGCAGUGGACGAGACCCACCCUGCGUCUCGGAACGGGAAAGGGGUUUAGUCCAUCACGGCAUACAUCUUAGCCACGCUCAUCGGGUACUGGAGGGUAAAAUGUCGACCUGGCAAUAACGCUCUUAAACAUCAGCACGCUCAAGUCUACCAAGACAGGGCAUAUAAUGACCGUUGUCAAUUUAUUCUUUAUUCGUCAUCAUCAUCAUCGCUGCUUAACAAUCGCCCACAUUUAUUUUUAAGCUCGGCCACAAACUCGCACAACCACGGAGAAGAGGUCAGGGCACUCGACAUCGUCGUGACCUUUUUGCUGGGAUCAACAACGAACAAAAGCGCUCGUUGCAUUGGAAGACUUGCGUUAAUUGAAAACGCCUGGCAGAUGGCGCCACACAAGAGCACACUACAAACGCUGGCACUGAAACACGCAUGGUUUGUGGUGGUUGUGGUGGUGGUGGAAGUGACGGUUGAGUCAGUGGUGGACAAGGGUUCGGGUAACAGAGGCACAGACAUAGACCUCAGAGCAGACACCAAAUACGACCACGAGAAGCCAACAUCAAAAGAUAUUGUAAAAUCAUCUUUUUUUUUUUGCUUAGAACCGCAGCAGCAGAUUCAUUUCACGAUUAUUCCGUUAUAAAAUGUACAGCAUGCGUGCACUGAAGACCUUAACAUCCACAUACUGCGGUAUAUUCGAAUAAGUAUCUACGCCGUAAAUGUAUUUGUAUUUGCUUUUUUUUACUUCAACCGUAACAAAUCAACACUGCCAUUUGCUUUGGUCCUGGGACGCGUAAUUGAAGGAGAUCAUCACCUUGUACACCAGUGGCGUAGCGUGGUUGGCAUGGGCCUUGGUGCAGGAUAUUACAGACGGCGGGCAGACUCUCCUAUGGAAUGCCCUCCCGUGCCUCGACCCCUCUGGCCCGUGGAUUCCCAGUGCCUUCGCACCACCUGCCCAUUCCAUCGCCACGCCGCUUGUGGUUUACCUCAUUGUAUCGUUUGAUAUCUGGGGUACAAAACUCUCCAAGUCGGCCUCUGUUGCAAGAGGCACCUCAUUUU